AUUCCGGCAAUAUUGUAAUGAGUUUUCUUUAUCAAGCAAUGGCUGACAGUGACAUAAGCAAAAGGAUUUUCGUUAAGGGAUUCAACCGAGAGACAACGGAGAGCGAACUGCGGGUUUUCUUUGAAGAGUUUGGAGUGGUCAAGGAGAGUAAGAUUGUGAGGGACAAACAUGGGAUCAGCAAAGGCUACGCUUUCAUAACCUUUGAAAGCCAAGAAGCGGCAGACGAAAUCCGCGAAAAUGAGGCUCUGGAUUUUAAAGAAAAGAAGUUGAGCAUAGGGAAGGCAAUCCGGAGAAAGAGCAGCCGAUCGUAUCCCAAGAAUUACCAUCACUGGCAACCACACCGGCAAGACAUGAUGCAUGAUGGCGGCAACCAUGGAGUGUUUUACUCGAGUGGAGUUGAUGGAAACACAGUGUAUUAUCCUGUACAACAGCCUCAAAUUGUUCUCUUAACCACUCCUCCUUACUCUCCGCAGAUGCCUUAUCAGUCUCAGGGCCUUUAUCAACCACAAUCCCAUUCAUCAAGUCAGCUGUAUUCCCCGAAUACAGUGAUGAAUGGUUCCUACAUGGCUACCUCUGUCACUUCCCUUCCCAUGCAGUGGAAUGACUAUACAACAGGGUAUAACAGAGUUCGUCCGAUUCCUAACCACCAAGAGAGUCCAUCAUCGGCUGAAAUAGCAGUUUCUACUGGACAGACCACCCAGAUUGUUGGAUUAGCUAUUUCUGAUGGGAACUACAUGACGGAGAGCUCAACAGGGGAACCUGUUGCUCAAUUGGUUGCCCUUGACCCAAGCAAGAUAAAGGCAGACAAGCCCAUACCUGUCCGCUUCUUGAAGCAUGAGUGAUACCAUCACUGUAGC